CGAAGCGCAGGUGUGAGGGUGCGGGGCUUAAGGACUUCCUCACGAAAACGUACCCCACCCAGGAGUGCAGACAUGGGCUACAGUGAGGGGCACACAGGAGCUCUGGCUAGCAUUGAGGUGCCUCAGGAGCUGCUGGAAGAAAUGGCUUGGCGUUUUCGGGUAGAAGAUGCAUCACCUUGGAAUUAUUCCAUGUUCGUCCUGGCCACUUUGGUGGUCCUACUGAGUGCCUUCCUUCUGAGGCGGAACAUCCAGGCACGCAGAAACCAAAAGUUGCAGACAGCAGAAAAAACAAAACAGACUGUAGAACUUCAGGACACCACGGAGGCCAGAAUCAAAGAUGACAACAGCCUGAACAUGGUUACAGAGACUCUGCUCUCAGAAAAACCCAGCUUGGCCCAGGAAGAAACUAAACUCACAGAGUCAGCUGUACCUGCAGCUUUCCUUCCAGACCCACAAGAGUCUGAGAGCUAA